UUUAUGCUUUGAUUUUAUAUAAUAGAGAUGUUGAUCAAACAUAUAUUUGUAAAUAAAUAAAUCUGCUACCUGCGCAAUGGAAGGUGGUGCUGGGGAUGCCUCGCAAUCGGACGUCCAAACAAAUAAAAUCGAAAAGUUAUCUCAGAAACUGUAUAACUGGUCGCGAAGUUACGAAUCUGUCAUCCUGUACUUUCAACGAUUGUUGGUAUGGGAAAAGCCAACUCAUUCCUCUGUGUUUCUUAUUUUAAUCCACAUUGGUUUUUGGUACUUGACUGCGCGUAGUAGCCACGCUAUUGGAUUUUUAUCCUCCAUGUUACUUGGCUUGGUAUGGUUGGACAUGUGGAAACAUAAAAUCUGGCCGGAGAUUCGUGCAGAAGAACCGGAUCCCGAAGCAGAAUGGGGGGAGCUGCAUCCAAAGCUACUUAGUUUGCCAGAACUGUGUCAAAUCAUUGCAGAAGGCUUGGUUACUUUAACUACAGUUUACAAGAAGAUUGUGGAGUUUAAAAGUGAUUUUCCAGGCAGGUUUUGUGGGAUAUUCUGUUUUUUUUGUCUUUGUUUAAAUUUUAUUGGAAGUUUGGUUCCUGGAGUUUUGCUUGCUUACACAAUUAUGUUGUGUUUGUUAUUUUGGCCACUGCUUUGGUAUAACAAAAUUUUAGAACGUACAUACACACAAGUGGAGCCAUUUCUAAUGCAACUACAAUACACAUUAAAGCAGAGACCUGCAACCACGUACUAUAUGACCAAGUAUCUUAAAGCAAAGAAGGAUUCAAAGUUAGAGGAAAACAUUGACGACGAUAUUUCAGAGUUUGUUCCAGAACUUGAUGAAAAGACAGCAGCUGUUUUAGCUCGCGCGAUCACGGAUGAUUCUGAGCUUUCUGAAACUGACGAAGAAAUCUUGGCUCAAGAGAUCCCAUUAUUUUCGCGUGCAAGCACACCUGAUGACUUGGCAUCCAAAGAAGUUUAUGUUUCUUCACUUCCAAAUCAAUUUCCUCCAAUAGAUGCAGAUGAUUCUGAUGAUGAAGACCUUGGCAUUCCAAAAUCAAUGGUACAUGAAAAAGAUGAGUCCGAGCAGCCACAUGGUGGAAUCCAAGAGCAGUUAUCCGCCAUGAAGGCCGAUAUGCUGAACAACGCCAUUAAAACUAAAGUUUGGGAUACUUUUAACAAUCUUACAAAAUCAAUGCAACAGCCACAAGGUUUGGAUGCUGGGGAGCAAAAUAUUGACCAGAACAGCGACUCUUCGACCCCAUCAAGUGAUUUUGAAUUUAUAUCUGUGGAUAAUGAAGGACCAGCAUGAAAAAAAGAAUGCGAAUUUAAAAAACAAAUUUCUUUAUUUUAAAUUAAACAUUAUCAGACCUAAAAAUAAAUAAUGUGAUGCAUUGGCUUCUAUAAUUAUUUUAUAAUACAACAACACAUUAAUAUCACACCAUUAUGAUUCUCUUAAUAUAAUAUACUGUUAUGUUUUUAUUAAAAUAGCAUUAAGUAGUAAAGCUUUUGUUAUCUUGUGUAUAUGUUAUAGUGCUUAUUGUUUCCUUUAUUGAUGCAUCCUCUGCAGCUAAUAUAAACAUAUGGACAUGUCCACAAAAUUGACAAGUUAUAAAAUGUGACUUAUUAAUACAGAGUAUUAUUUGUUAGAGUAAUUUUGUGUUGGUUUUUAUUGUGUAUAUUACUGUUGCUUUGUACUUUAAAAGUUUUAGUUUUAUUACUUUCAUUACACAUAGCAAACAAUAGAGCUUCGGUAUGAGUUUUAAUGAUUGUUUAAUUAUUAUGUUAUAAUACCGAAGCGUAUUUUGUUUUUAUUGUUCUAUCAUGUUGUAUGUAACAUUUUCUUUCUUUAAGCACAUUAGCAUCUUUUAGUUUUCCUGAGUUUUUGUUUGACCAGUAGUUUUCUUGUAUAAUUUUAUCAGUUAUGAGUGAAUAUGCUUUGGUGACCUGUACAAAUACAUUGCUAAGUUUUGGUGAAUCAGAAAUUAAUAAAGAAUUUAAUAGCAGUAAA